AUGCGUUUGAACACGUUCACUUGCCUAGUGCUUGCGGCCGUGGGAGUCCAAGGUCGCCAUGAGCGUCCGGCUCAUCACCCGGCUCAUCACCCGGCUCACCACCCGACAGAAGAGCCUCGAUGGACCUGCGUCAACGCUGGAGCAAGCACCAGAAUGAAGACUGUUGGAUAUUUUGGCAACUGGGACAUAUACGGAGCCAACUAUCGCAUCACCGACGUUCCAGCUGAGCAGCUAACCCACCUGACUUAUGCGUUUGCAAAUAUCAACACGACUACCGGUGCCAUUAUCUUGAGCGAUACCUGGGCUGAUCUCCAAUUCCCCUACCCUGGAGACAACACCACUGCGGCUGGCAACAAUGUCUACGGCAAUGUCAAGCAGAUGUAUUUGCUGAAGAAAAGUCACCGCACGCUCAAGACAAUGCUCUCCAUCGGCGGAUGGAGCUACCGUCAGAACUUUGCUCCCAUGCUCGCAUCUGCCACCAAACGUCAGGCCUUUGUAGACUCUGCUGUGCAGUUCGUCGCGGAUCUCGGCUUCGAUGGAAUCGACAUCGACUACGAGUACGUAGCGGACAAGACCCAGGCAGCACAGAUGGUCGACGUCUUGCAGCGUCUGCGUCAGGGGCUGGAUCAAUUGGCCUGCCAGAUCAAUGCCUCCUCUCCUUUCCAGAUCAGCUAUGCCUCCCCGGCCAACGUACAGACGAUCGCCCAGCUGGAUCUUGCCAGUAUGAUACCCCUGGUGGACUUCUUCAACGUGAUGGCCGUGGAUUACCAGGGGCCCGGCUUCAGCAACUAUACGGGCUACCUAGCCAACUUGUUCCCGGACAAGCGAAACCCACGCGCAACAGACUUUGACACCGUCUCCGCGCUAGACUAUUACCUUGUCAAGGGCCGGGUCCCCUCCACCAAAAUCGUCAUGCAGAACCCUCUCUACGGCCGCUCUUUCAACGGCACCCGCGGAAUGGGCGACAAAUUCAUCGACGGUGGCUCGCUGGGCAGUCUCGGCUCCGCCGCACUCUGGAGAUACAGGGAUUUGCCCAUUCCCGGAUUCAACGCAACAGUGGUUAAUGUGCCCCGUGUCGGAGGCAGCUACAGCUACGAUGCCAAGCGCAAGUACCUUGUCAGCUACGACACCCCGCAGAUUGCCACUCUCAAAGCCGAGUACACCCAGUGCAUGGGACUGGCGGGUACCGCUUGGUGGGAGGUGAGUCAAGAUCGCAAUGACAGCCUGAGCUUGAUCAGCGCCACUGUGAAGCAAUAUGGUGGGUCUGAGGCUUUGGACCAGUCUCUGAACAAUCUUGACUAUCCGACCAGUGUGUAUGAGAAUCUGAGGGCUGGAUUUUCGGGCAAUUAG